GAAGAGUUGAAAUGCAAGUAAUCGAAUGGACAAAAAGGAAAUUUAAUUAAUUUAUACGUUAUUUAAUAUCCACAGAUCUUUUCGUUUAGUUAGUUCGUAACAUAAAUAAACAAUGGAUUGUGUAGACUCCGAAAGUAAUGGUGAAAGUAAACAUCUCAACAAUGUCGACGACAAAUUAGCCAAAGAGAAUAAGGUUCGAGAAAAGAUAGAAAACAGUAAUAAAGACGAAGAUAGAUUAACGGAACCAUCAGAAUCUAAAAUACCCAAAACAGAUUUGAUUAAAAACGAGCAAGAAGCACUCGAAGUCUCUCCGAAGGAGGAGGAGGAUCCCAUUGAAAUCAAAGUAAUUUACAACAAAAAGAAAUACGAUGUGACAACUACUUCAAAAACCACAAUUUUAGAGUUAAAAAAGCAAUUACAGAAUUUGUUAGGUGUUCCCGAUUCAAUGCAAAAACUUAUGUUCAAAGGUCUUCUGCAGGAUUGUCAGACCGUGUCCAGUUCGGGGAUUAUGAAGGGUUCGAAAGUUAUGUUAGUGGGCUCCACUUUAAACGAUGUUUUGGCUGUGUCUUCUGUUAGUAAAGAGGAUAUCGUUGAAUCGGACAAAGCCACAACGUCCAAAGAACCCCUAUCUCGCCAGAAAAUCCACAGGAAAGUCCUGGACAAAGGACUACCCGAGGACGUGAUGCCAGGAAUAAAAAAUAUUAAGGAAGGGCUGCCGCACGUACCUCUAUCCGGAAUGUUAAACAAGCAUGGAGGAAAAGUUAGAUUAACAUUUAAAUUGGAGAACGAUCAGUUAUGGCUAAGCACUAAGGAACGAACUGAAAAAUUGCCCAUGGGGUCAAUUAAAAGUGUGAUAUCUGAACCAAUUGAUGAUCAUGAGGAAUACCAUAUACUGGGUUUGCAAUUGGGGCCCACAGAAGCAUCACGUUACUGGAUUUAUUGGGUGCCGGCACAAUAUAUUGACGCCAUUAAAGAUGCAGUGCUAGGCAAAUGGCAGUAUUUUUGAUUCAACAUAGAAGAAAUAUGCUUGAAUUGAAGGAAGCAUUUCAUUCAGUGAAAUUACAGCGUAAUCGUCAAUAUUGGGUGUUUGCGAAAACAAAACGUUAAUAAAUAAAAAUUUAAACACAGUUUUUGUUCUCUUUCGCAUUACAACACAUUAUUGGAUCUACUUUUUGUAAUUUUGUACAUUUAUAAUUUGUUUCGAGGGACGAAGAGCGUUCCUCGAAUGCGGUUAUGUUUUCUCUUCAAAAACUUAGUUUUUUUCUAUAAAAUAAAUCAUCUGUAAUUAUUUGCAUUGUCUCUCAUGCCUCUAUUUUAAUAAACAUUGAAUAUAAUGC